GCGGUUGUUGAGUCAGAUGGAUUGUCUUCUUCGUUACUGUUCCUCUCUGUCUCUCCUUCCUCUGUCUCUCUCUUUAAGCUUGAAGAACCAAUACAUCGAGAGAACAACAAACAGACCGGAGCUCGGUUCGGGAGAGAGGGAGAGAGAGAGAGAGAGAGAUGAGAGAACCGACGGUUGGGAUUGAGAGCAACGCAUCGCCCCCGCCACAGGCCCUCCUCGAGAGGCUCAAGGAUUACGGGCAGGAAGACGCUUUUGCCCUCUGGGACGAGCUCUCACCGGAAGAGCGCGAGUUUCUCGUCAAGGACAUCGAGAGCUUGGAUCUUCCAAGGAUAGAUCGGAUCAUACGAUGCUCGCUUCGGUCUCAAGGACAUCCACCGGCAGCAAUAGAGCCGGUGCCGGAGAGUAGUGUAUCGACAGCUGAGGAGCGAACAGCCGAAGAAAGGGAGAGAUGGUGGAAGAUGGGGUUGAAGGCUAUUUCAGAAGGCAAGUUAGCCGUGUUGCUUCUGUCUGGUGGGCAGGGAACUAGGCUUGGAAGUUCAGAUCCAAAGGGUUGCUUUAAUAUAGGACUACCAUCUGGCAAGUCACUCUUUCAGCUUCAAGCUGAGAAGAUUUUGUGUCUUCAAAGACUAGCAUCACAAUCUGGGAAUGAGGGGUCAGCUGGCUCUGUGCCAAUACAUUGGUACAUAAUGACCAGCCCAUUUACUGAUGACGCCACUCGUAAAUUUUUUGAAAAUCAUAAAUACUUUGGUCUUGAAGCAGAUCAAGUGACCUUCUUCCAGCAAGGCACCAUACCUUGUGUUUCAAAGGAUGGUAGAUUUAUUAUGGAGACACCAUACAGAGUAGCUAAGGCUCCAGAUGGGAAUGGGGGUGUGUAUGCAGCCUUAAAAUCAUCAAGAUUAUUAGAAGAUAUGGCCAUGAGAGGUGUCAGAUAUGUGGAUUGCUAUGGAGUUGACAAUGCACUGGUCCGUGUAGCUGAUCCAACUUUCUUGGGUUAUUUCAUUGAUAAAGGUGUAGCUGCUGCUGCAAAAGUUGUCCGUAAGGCAUACCCCCAAGAGAAGGUUGGUGUAUUUGUACGGCGAGGUAAGGGUGGACCACUUUCUGUAGUCGAGUACAAUGAGUUGGAUUCUUCUCUAGCUUCUGCAAUUAAUCAAGAAACUGGACGACUACGCUUUUGCUGGAGUAAUGUCUGCUUGCAUAUGUUUACUUUGGAUUUUUUGAACCAAGUAGCAAAUGGCCUUGAGAAAGACAGCAUUUACCAUCUUGCUGAGAAGAAAAUCCCUUCAAUCCAUGGAUAUACAAUGGGAUUAAAACUGGAGCAGUUCAUAUUUGAUGCAUUUUCUUAUUCUCCUUCAACUGCACUUUUUGAGGUAUUGAGAGAAGAAGAAUUUGCUCCAGUGAAAAAUGCCAAUGGGUCAAAUUUUGACACUCCAGACAGUGCACGGCUGCUUGUUCUUCGACUCCACAGUCGUUGGGUGGUUGCUGCAGGUGGCUUCUUAACGCAUUCAGUGCCUUUAUAUGCAACUGGUGUGGAAAUAUCACCUCUCUGCUCUUACUCUGGAGAGAACCUAGAAGCUAUUUGCCGCGGGCGAACAUUUCAUGCUCCAUGUGAGAUCACAUUUUAGUGGAUAUUUUUUUUUUCCUCACUUUGUGCGGCUGUAUUUUAGUUAUGAGUUUGGGAAAAUGAGAUAACAUUUGUAUCAUGGUGUUCAUGUGUGGGAUUCAAUAUUUGGACUAUUAAACAUUUACAAGCAGAUGUGCCAUAA